AUGCCCGACCCUGACGAGACUACACCUCUGAUCGUUCAGCAUCCCGAGAGCCCACGCAGAAUGAGCUCCAGCACCACCUCCACCUACUGGCGCAUCGGGGCCCUUUACGGCGCCGCGGGAGUUUGCCUCGGAGCCUUCGGCGCCCACGGCCUGAAACAACGAAUCUCAGACCCGGCUAAGAUCGCGAGCUGGGGCACCGCCGCGCAGUAUCAGAUCCUCCACUCUGUCGCCUUGCUCGUAGCUCGUGAUAACCCUCUCGCGGCUGGCCUCUUCACUGCUGGCAUGACCAUGUUCUCGGGGAGCAUCUACGCCCUUGUAUUGGACCCCGCGCGGUUCAAGGUCCUCGGGCCUGUGACGCCAUUGGGCGGCUUAUGCCUCAUUGGCGGUUGGCUGGCGCUCGCCUUCGGUAAGGGGCCCUCUGUUGCUGCUGGGGAGUUGAGGCUUUAG